AUGGCAUCUAAGGUGGACCUGGUGACGGUGUUGAAGUCGCUGACUUUGGAGGAGAAGAUAUCCCUUCUAGCAGGCCAGAACUUUUGGGAAACGGUCCCUGUUCCCGGCAAGGUGCCUUGUAUCAAGACAACCGACGGCCCCAACGGAGCCCGAGGCGCAGACUUCACAGGCGGCACACCAGCAGCCUGCUUCCCAGCCGCCUGCAGCGUAGCCGCCACCUUCGACGUCACCCUCGCGCGGCGCGUGGGGGCUGCGCUCGCCGAAGAAGCGCUGAGCAAAGGAGCGCGAUGCCUUCUCGCACCAACGACGUGCAUCCACCGGCACCCCCUAGGUGGCCGCAACUUUGAGUCCUUCUCCGAAGACCCAUUCCUAGCAGGGAAACUGGCCUCGCAGGUGAUCCAGGGUGUGCAGUCCAAGGGGGUGGCGGCGACAAUCAAGCACUUUGCGGCCAACGAGCAGGAAACGGACCGUAUGACGGUGGAUGAAGUCAUCAGCGAACGGGCGCUCCGGGAGGUUUAUCUCAGGCCGUUUGAGAUUGCCGUCAAGGAGGAAAGGGGCCCGUGGGCGGUGAUGACGAGUUAUAACUCUAUCAAUGGGACGCAUGCGGAUAUGAACGAAUUUCUGCUGAAGAAGGUGUUGAGGGGGGACUGGGGGUGGGAUGGCCUGGUGAUGAGCGACUGGGGCGGGACCAACUCGACGGCGGAGUCGCUGGUCGCGGGGCUGGAUCUUGAAAUGCCCGGUCCGACGCUGAAGCGGAAGGUGCCUGAUGUCGUGGCGGCAGUCAAGGCGGAUAAAGUGGCGGAGAGUGUUAUUGAUGACAGGGCUAGGCAUGUGCUCGAGUUUCUGAACCGGCUGAAGGCGUUCGAGGACGCGACGAUACCUCCGGAGCAGGCUAUUGAUAAGCCCGAGCACCGGGCGCUCAUCCGGGAGGCCGGGGCGCGGGGAUGUGUUUUGUUGAAGAAUGAGGAUGGUGUCUUGCCCCUUUCCAAGCACAAAGUCAGGGGUAAGAAAAUCGCCCUCAUCGGGCUGGCCAAGACGCCCCUCGCCCACGGCGGCGGAUCUGCAAGCGUGACCACGCAUUACAAGAUCAGUCCGUGGGACGCAAUGCAAGCUACGCUAGGCGACGAAGUUGACAUCGUCUACGCGAAGGGGGGGCACGUCCUGCGUCUACUUCCCCCAGUGUGCGACAGCAACGAAAGCGGCAAGGUAGUCGGCCUCGACGGGCGACCGGGAUUCACAGUCAAGCAGUUCAACAUGGACACCCAGGAGCUCGUCUCAACGCAGCAUGGCAAUGCCGAGUGCAGCCUCUCCCCCAUUGGCGGCGCCAGCGUCCGCGAGCGUACCGUCGAGUACGAAGGUGACUUUACCCCUUCGGAAUCGGGAAAGCACUACCUAGCCUGCAGCGGCCUAGGUCCUACGCAGCUCUUCAUCGACGAGAAACUCGUCUACGAGCAAAAGGAUCCCACGCCCGACGCCAUGGGGUUCCUAUUCGGGGCUACGUCCGAGGAUAAAUUCACGUUUUCUUUCAAGGAGGGCAAAGCCUACCGGCUACGAGUGCGCACGCAGCCUUGCACCAAAGCCACCGGACUAGAAAUCCUCGAGGGCAAGGCCGGAUUGCGGGUUGGCUUCAUGCUGGAAGCGGAGCACGACGCGAAUUUGCUGGGCGAGGCGGCAGAUGUGGCGAGGGGAGCAGACUAUGCGGUCGUAUUUACGGGGCACGAUCCGCAGUGGGAGACCGAGGGGCAGGAUCAGGUUUCUUUCAACUUGCCGCGGGACGGGUCGCAGGAUAAGCUGGUUGAGGCCGUCGCAGGGGCUAAUAAGAACACGAUCGUGGUCAACUCGACGGGCGUCGCGGUGGCGAUGCCGUGGUUGGACAACAUAAAGGGGUUGGUGCAGGCGUGGUUCCCCGGCCAGGAGUGUGGGAAUUCCAUCGCGGAUGUGUUGACGGGAGCGGUGAACCCUGAGGGCCGGAUGCCGGUUAGUUUCCCGGCUAGGAUCGAGGACACGCCGGCUUAUGGAAAUUUCCCCGGGGCGUACGUCGAGGAUAGGGAUGGGGAUGGGAAGAGCAAGUUGAGGGUGGAGUACAAGGAGGGUGUGUUUGUCGGGUAUAGACACUAUGAUCGUGUGGGCAGGGACAAGGUUAAUUUUCCUUUUGGAUACGGGUUGUCGUACUCCACUUUUGCGUUUGCGGCGAUGAAGGUCAGCAAUGGCGGAAGAUCUGGGGAUGAUGCAUAUCAGGUCACGGUCGAGGUGACGAAUACGGGGGAUGUGGCUGGUGGGGUGUUGGUGCAGGUGUAUGUUGGGAGGAAGGAGAAGGACGAGAAGCACCCCGUGAAGGGCCUUGCCGCUUUUGAGAAGGUCAGGUUGCAGCCUGGUGAGAGGCGGGAGGUGCAAUUAUCUGCUGCGGUGCGGGAUCUGGGCUUCUACAAUGAGGCGAGGGGGAAGUGGGUUGUCGAGAAGGGGCAAUAUGACUUCUCCUUGGGAGAGUCGGCUAUGGAUGUUUUGCAGACGGUAACGGUGACGGUCGAGGAGGAGCUGGCCUUUGCUGCCUAG